GAUUGAGGCGGUCGGGAGGGCUCAGAGCUUCAUCUACUCUGAGAUGGGGGAGAACGGCAAAGAAUGGAAACCAUGGAAGCCGACCAGCCAUUCAACCGCCCCUUCCAGGGUGAUGCCUGACAUUUGACGGUCCCUUGGGGCUUCUAUAGACUCCCUCCCUGCCUCAUCAAACCUCCCUAGCCCUAGUACUUACCCCCUGCCGUCCCUAAACUCCUCCCUCUCCCUACCCCGCUAUGGAAGCCCCUGUCCGUUGCUGCUUAUGUGCAUGAACUGCUUCGCCAAGGCACUUGGGCACGUGUUUAAAACUUUAAUCAUCGACAAUUACAAUGAUUUUAGGAGCUGGCCGGUGGACUUCCGCUGGGAUGAAGUCAGAACCCACAGCAAUGCUCUGAGUGAGGCGGGGGCUGCUGCGGACGUGUGGCUGAUGCAGGCGACUCCUCACGGCAGCAGCAACGGCUCCCAGAACCAUUUCCUGAACCAGAUUCGGGACCUGCCCCACCAACUGGUCAGUUACGCACUGGCACACUCGCUGGGCCGCUGGCUCGUCUAUCCCGGCUCCAUGUUCCUCACGACUAAGGCUCUGCUGCCGAUGCUGCUCGAGGGCCAGGCCCUCCUCCUGGACAAGUACAAAGGACAGCGGGCGAAGCUGAAGGCUUGUGACGGCAACGAGAUUGACACCAUGUUCAUGGACAGACGUAGGCAGCCGGGAAGGCACAACCGCGGCCUGCACCUGGUCAUCUGCUGCGAGGGCAACGCGGGCUUCUACGAGAUGGGCUGCCUCGCGGCGCCGCUGGAGGCUGGCUACUCGGUCCUGGGCUGGAACCACCCGGGUUUCGCCGGGAGUAGCGGGGACCCCUCGCCGCAGAAUGACGCCAACGCCAUGGACGUGGUCGUCAAAUACGCUCUGCACCGACUGAACUUUCCAGCCGAGCGCGUCGUGAUCUACGGCUGGUCCAUCGGCACCUUCACUGCCACGUGGGCUGCCAUGAUUUACCCCCAGCUGGGCGCGCUGGUGCUGGACGCUCCCUUCGACGACCUGAUGCCGCUGGCCCUGAAGGUGCUGCCCACCUUCUGCAAAGGGCUGGUGGAACGCACCGUGCGGGAGCACUUCAACCUCAACGUGGCCGAGCAGCUGUGCUGUUACUCUGGGCCGGUGCUGAUCAUCCGCCGCACGCUGGACGAAGUGGUCAAUACGGAGGCUCUCUCCUCGGAGAACAGCAACGAUCAGGCUCCCCGCGCGAUCGACUUGGAGGGCAACCGAGGCAACUACCUGCUGCUGAAGCUGUUAAAGUACCGGUACCCCAGGGUGAUGACCGAGGAGGCCAUGGAGGCUGUGAAACACUGGCUGCAGGCGGCUAACCCGGAGCAAGAGGCUGCCGUGUGCCAGAAAUAUUGCAUGGAUGGCGAAUGGUGCUUGACUGUUUUGCAGAACUAUAAUACUAAGAUCAUUAAGUCCAGAAAGAAAUUAAGGUGGGGGAACCAAAACAUCUCCCCACACCCACAUAGCCCAGACUUCCCCUGGAGCGUGGGGGAGGACCUGUCUCCUGCCCAACAGAAAAGACUUGCAAUAUUCCUGGCUCAGAAAUAUAUGAAGAACGUUGAGGCUACUCACUGCUGCCCGUUGGGUGCUGAGGACUUCCAGUUGCCAUGGACAUUGUAGAGCUGGGUUGGGUUAGGGGAAAGGUGGGAGGAGAGGGAGGCAGAAAGGAACUGAGCUUCCUCUCCAUUGCAACUGACCUGCUUUAGGCUCCAGUCCUGUCCUGCCUCAUCCUGCCCCUCUUCUGGGUGCCAGUAAAACUGCCUUUCAAGGUGUGAGGGCCC